AUGCUCAAAACCCAAACCGUCACUGCGAUUCUGCACCGGUCGCGACUCAACCUCGCCCUCAACACCGCAUCUACGCCACCUACAGCGUCUCCUGCUUAUCCCGUGUCCAAAAUGUCCACCACCGAGAAUGCGAUCCGCGUUCAACCGCCACCUGAGGCGACUGAGGAACUUCGCCAGGGGAAGCCUCAGCAGGUCAAGGGCGCAUAUUUUCCUCUAGGAUACAAAGAGGCUGCCUACCAAUGGUGGUCAAGCGUUACGCCUUCCAUGGCCGAGCGCAACGUGCUCAAGCACAUUCCCUUUCUCAAAGAGGCCACCACCAGCAUGGGCAGCCUCUCCACCACCGAUCAGACCGACUCCUUCGGCGCCAGAAUAUGGAGGCGAUCCAUGGUCCAGCUCUCUGGCAAGAACCGCGCCCUCAACGAAUUCUCUGUCGAGCGAGUUGGCGAGGACCCCGAAGAGACGCUCGUCAUGGUCCACGGCUACGGCGCUGGCCUUGGCUUCUUCUACAAGAACUUUGAGCCCCUUUCCCGGAUCCCCGGCUUGAAGCUGUAUGCCCUCGACAUGCUGGGCAUGGGCAACUCGUCCAGGCCUCCGUUCAAGAUCCACUCAAAGGAUAAGGAGGGCAAGGUGAUUGAAGCGGAAAACUUCUUCAUCGAUGCCCUGGAAGAGUGGCGCAAGGCGAGGAAGAUUGAGCGCUUCACGCUGCUUGGCCACUCGCUGGGCGGCUACCUCGCCGUUUCGUACGCCCUCAAAUAUCCCGGCCACCUAAAGAAGCUCAUCCUCGCCUCUCCCGUUGGAAUACCAGAAGAUCCAUAUGCCGUCAAUUCCGCACUGCCCGAGCCCGGCGAGUCCACCAUGCAGAACGAAUUCACCGUAGACCAGCAGACCACAACCAAGAACGACGCUGCCGUCGCACCAAAGCGCCCGUAUCCCAACUGGCUCGUCUGGCUCUGGGACGCCAAUGUGUCGCCCUUCAGCAUUGUUCGGUUGGCCGGUCCCCUCGGCCCACGAUUCGUCUCUGGCUGGACCUCCAGACGGUUCAACCACCUCCCCGCCGAAGAGGCACAAACCCUUCAUGACUACUCGUUCUCCAUCUUCAAGCAAAAGGGCAGCGGCGAAUACGCUUUGGCUUAUAUUCUCGCACCGGGAGCAUUCGCCCGCCGCCCGGUCAUCAACCGCAUCCAAAACGUUGGCCGACAGCCGAUCAAGGGACCUGACGGUGAAACAGUCGCCAAGGAGACUGGCAUCCCCAUUGUCUUCAUGUACGGAGAAAACGACUGGAUGGAUGUUGCCGGCGGUCUUGCGUCCGAGGAGAAGCUGAAGCAGGUCAAGGCCAACAUCAUGCGAACCGGCACAGAGGAAGAGAAGAGCAACGAAAAUGGCAGCUGCAAGGUCGUCAUCGUCCCCAAGGCUGGCCACCAUCUCUACCUUGACAACGCAGAGUUUUUCAACAAUAUUAUGAGAAAGGAGAUGGAAGACGUCAAAGAGGCAGAAAAGCGCAAGCAGGCAGCGGCAUCAUCAUAG